GGGCCAGAGGCGGCACCGCCCGCGAGGCCGCCCGCGAUGCUGCUCUCCAAGUUCGGCUCCCUGGCGCACCUCUGCGGGCCCGGCGGCGUGGACCACCUUCCGGUGAAGAUCCUGCAGCCAGCCAAGGCGGACAAGGAGAGCUUCGAGAAGGUGUACCAGGUGGGCGCCGUCCUGGGUAGCGGGGGCUUCGGCACGGUCUACGCGGGCAGCCGCCUCGCCGACGGGCUCCCGGUGGCCGUGAAGCACGUGGUAAAGGAGCGGGUGACCGAGUGGGGCAGCCUCGGCGGCGUGGCGGUGCCCCUGGAGGUGGUGCUGCUGCGGAAAGUGGGCGCGGCAGGCGGCGCGCGCGGCGUCAUCCGCCUGCUGGACUGGUUCGAGCGGCCCGACGGCUUCCUGCUGGUGCUGGAGCGGCCCGAGCCGGCCCAGGACCUCUUCGACUUCAUCACGGAGCGUGGCGCCCUGGACGAGCCGUUGGCUCGCCGCUUCUUCGCGCAGGUGCUGGCCGCCGUGCGCCACUGCCACGCCUGCGGCGUAGUGCACCGCGACAUCAAGGACGAGAACCUGCUGGUGGAUCUGCGCUCGGGCGAGCUGAAGCUCAUCGACUUCGGCUCCGGCGCGCUGCUCAAGGACACUGUCUACACUGACUUUGAUGGCACCCGGGUGUACAGCCCCCCAGAGUGGAUCCGCUAUCACCGCUACCACGGGCGCUCCGCUACCGUGUGGUCCCUGGGCGUGCUGCUCUAUGACAUGGUGUGUGGGGACAUUCCCUUUGAGCAGGAUGAGGAGAUUCUGAGAGGCCGUCUGUUCUUCCGCAGGAGAGUCUCCCCAGAGUGCCAGCAGCUCAUUGAGUGGUGUCUCUCCCUCCGGCCUUCUGAGAGACCAUCGCUGGACCAAAUCGCUGCCCACCCCUGGAUGUUAGGAGCUGAGGGGAGUGUUCCAGAGAGCUGUGACCUUCGGCUCUGUGCUCUGGACACUGAUGAUGGGGCCAGCACCACGUCCAGCAGUGAGAGCUUGUGAGGAGAAGCCUGGAUUCCACACUAGGGUCCUGAGCCUGGCUAAACCAGCUCCCUCCCAUCAUGGACGUUCUCUGCCUGGGAUGUCUACUGCAAAAGCAGUGACCUGACCCCUGGUGACCUUUGCCCUUGGCACAGGGCCUGUUUCCUUUGCUUUGAGUGCCUUUUGAACGCUGCUCCACAGGGCCUGGGUUUUCUUGAGCUCUUUUGUCCAAAGACAGCUCUGGGCGAAGCGAGGUCACGCCUGCCCUGGGUGGAUACUUGAACCAGAAAUCCCCACCCUGCUGCUCCAUCCUGGAGAGGCAGCCUUCCCGUCCGACUGUGUCUGACCCAGAGCACCUUGUGGUGCCCAUAUCCCACCCUCCAAUUUUAUGGUGUUUGUCUGGGCAUGUCUGCGCACAAGCAAUGCAACGGCAGGGCCACUGCUGCCCAUCUGCCGCCCUGGGCACGUGAGCUAUGUUUUUGCGUGCCAGUGUCUGUUAUUUAUGGUGUGACCACCCUGGAGGGCGCCCCUGCCCUGCUGGGGCUAUUUAUUUUAAUUUAUUUGUUGGGGUUACUUCCAAGCAGCCACCUCCUCCAGGCCCCUGGGGUACAGGAGGGUCUAGGGUGGCAUAGUCCAGAGCUGUCCCAAUUCCUGUACCUGUAGUAGAGCCCUAGCCCAUGGGUCUGUAGGAGGAAGAACUUGUACAGUGGCUAAUUUAAGGGGAAUGGGUGACCCCACCAUCCUGGGCACUCUGUGCGGGGCGGGGGGUGGGUUUUAAAUUAUUGACCUUGUACAGUCUGCUUGCUGGCUCUGAAAGCUGGGAUGGGGAACAGAGUCUCAAGCCCUUAAUUUAUUUUAGCAACUGUGUUUCUGUGACCCCAUUGUGCAUAGGCAUUGGGGUGGGGUUGUUUCAGUUCAAAAGUGUGAGAUGUCUGAAGAUCAUAUUUUUUAUACAGGUAUUUCAAUUAAAUUUUUUUUUUUUU